GGGGGGGGGGUCCCGUCCCACCCAGGGGUCGCCAGCACGCUCUCUGCCCGAUUGGCGGAAGCGCUCAGACUUUUCUUUAUGGCGUCACCGAGUACCUGCCUGUAGGAAGGCCCCGGCUGCGUGACGUCACGCCGCGCUGACCAAUGAACGGCCCGAGCCGGCGGGCCCCGAGGAGGGUUGUGGGCCCUUCUUUUUGUGAAUGAAGCUCCACGGAACAUCCCUCCUGGGGGUCCCCGGGAGCCGCGGCCCGCCGAGCUCGGACGCCCAGGCAGCAGCGUCCCAGGGCGCGCGCGCUUCGCCCCAGCCGCCGGCCAGCGCCGUGUGGCCCCCGGGACGCGGGCGGCGGGAGGCGCAGCUCGAGGACCCGGGCCGGGCUGCCGGGCCAUGGUCGCGGUCCCCUGACGGGCCGCGGCCGCCUCCAUGAAGCGCAAGGGCGAGCGGCGCUCGUCUUGGGCUACCGCGCCCCCCUGCUCGCGCCGCAGCUCGUCCGCCUCCCCCGGCGUGAAGAAGAGCCGCAGCUCCACGCCGCAGGAGCUGCACCGCCUGGAGCAGCAGGACGACCUGUACCUGGACAUCACGGAUCGCCUUUGUUUUGCCAUUCUCUUCAGCAGACCAAAGAGUGCGUCAAACGAACAUUAUUUCAGCAUAGAUAAUGAACUUGAGUAUGAGAAUUUCUACGCGGAUUUUGGACCGCUCAACCUGGCAAUGGUUUACAGAUAUUGUUGCAAGAUAAAUAAGAAGCUCAAGUCGAUUACGAUGCUGAGGAAGAAAAUAAUCCAUUUUACCGGCUCUGAUCAGAGAAAACAAGCAAAUGCUGCCUUCCUUAUUGGGUGUUACAUGGUUAUAUAUUUGGGGAGGACUCCAGAAGACGCAUAUAGAACAUUAAUCUUUGGAGAUACAGCCUAUAUCCCUUUCAGAGAUGCUGCCUACGGAAGCUGCAGUUUCUAUAUUACACUUCUGGACUGUUUUCACGCAGUAAAGAAGGCAAUGCAGUAUGGCUUCUUUAAUUUCAACACAUUUAACCUUGAUGAAUACGAACACUAUGAAAAAGCAGAAAAUGGCGAUUUCAACUGGAUAAUACCGGAGCGGUUUCUUGCCUUCUGUGGACCUCAUUCAAGAUCCAGGCUUGAGAGUGGUUACCACCAACAUUCUCCUGAGACUUAUAUUCCAUAUUUUAAGAAUCACAAUGUAACUACCAUUAUCCGUCUGAAUAAAAGGAUGUAUGAUGCUAAGCGCUUUACGGAUGCUGGUUUCGAUCACCAUGAUCUUUUCUUUCCGGAUGGCAGCACUCCUGCUGAGUCAAUUGUCCAAGAAUUUCUGGAUAUUUGCGAAAAUGUUGAGGGUGCCAUUGCUGUACAUUGCAAAGCUGGCCUUGGUCGAACAGGCACUCUGAUAGGCUGCUACCUCAUGAAGCAUUAUAGGAUGACUGCAGCUGAGAGCAUUGCCUGGCUCAGGAUCUGCAGACCUGGUUCAGUGAUUGGGCCCCAGCAGCAGUUUCUGGUCAUGAAACAGUCAAGCCUCUGGCUGGAAGGCGACUAUUUCCGUCAAAAGUUGAGAGGGCAGGAGAAUGGACCCCUCAGAGCAGCCUUCUCCAGACACCUCUCGGAUGUUGAUGAUAUUUCGAUAAAUGGCCUUGAGAAUCAAGACAAGCAAGAGUCUGAGCCGUAUAGUGAUGAUGAUGACGAAAUCAAUGGAGUGACGCAAGGAGACAGACUUCGGGCCCUGAAAAGUCGGAGACAAUCAAAAGCCAACACUAUCCCUCUCACAGUAAUUCUUCAGUCCAGUGUUCAGAGCUGUAAAGCCCCUGACCCUAACCUUUCUGGCAGUGCAGGCCUUACUAAACGAACCACAAGAUCUGCUUCGGGGAAAAGCAGUCUUAAAAGCCUGGCUCCUUGGAGGGAAAGGAGGAGGAGGAGUGCUUUGCAUCAAAUGCCCGUGCUGGCGUUAUGUCCAGCCGUUUCAAGGACUAAGACAGUCCUGCGUUAAAGUAAAUAAGCCGGUGACCAGCUCUCCAGGGAAGAUUAGGAACAGAAAGCCCCAAAAGGAUUUAGCCAAUUGAUCUGAGAACAUAACAGACACUGCAGAGGCCUUAGUCUCUUUCCACAUAAGAAGUUCAUUCAGUGAAGAAAACGUUAUUGGCCUCUCAGCCACUCGCUGACUUUGGGAUGUGGUUGAACCAUUUGAGGGCCCAACUCUCCCUUUUUUUUUUAAUCUCAAGUUGGAUAAAAGCUGCUGUUUAGUCUCAGGUGUCAGUACCUGGCCUUCUGCCACCAGAGAGUUGUCUGGUGAGUGUGGUACAUGUGCGUUCCUGUGAUGGCAAUCAUGUUCACUGCUGGCCUUCAGAAGAGUGGAGGAUCUGAUGGAGGUCUCGGGUAUUUAUUUUUUGUUCAGCCUAUAACCCCGUCUUGCAAUUUAUAAAGAUGAAAGGAGAUGAACAUCCCUCCAGCGGUACCCUCCGUCUUAAGACAGGAUCUGGUACAAUCAUUUUCACUUUACUCUUAUUAAUACCGUUGGGAUGUUCACUGUGUGAAGUACCCAAGCUGCUUGUCUUUCACCAAAGAGUGCUUUAAUAACAACUGUGAAAACACUGUUACGUGUUCUUGUGGUUACUAAAACCUGCUAAUGAAUGUUGAUAGAAUCGGACCUUUUCUCGUUGAAAGGUUAUGUAAGUCCUUCCCUGCGUCAUUUAGGAUGAAGAUUUCCGGGCUCAGAUGUUGGGUCGCUCAGUCAAUGUUAGAAUUGUGUUUCCUCCAGUACAUUAAAACCAAACAGCAGUGCUGAUGUUUGUCUUUGGGAAAGCGUCCUGAAUAAUGGUGGCUUUAAAAGCAAAAUUGUUAACACUUUGUAAAGUCUCAGUAAUGCUGCGGAGUUUCUUUUCUUGUGUGAUUCACAGUUUGAUUUUAGCGACAAUCACUUGCUUUUGGAGUUAGGUUGUUUGUGUAAGAGAACUCACUGUUGCCUUUGGCUAGGGAAUAUGACUAGAAACUGUAGUGUGCCUUCUCUCUUAACCCUUGCUGGGAGCCAGCAGCACCUGUGCCAUGAAGCAAUUGCAAAACCAGAAUUUAUCUGCUGCUGCCAAAAAAAAGAAAAAGAUAGAGCCAAUAAUUAGACAGUAAUUUACAGUUGUCUUGGUUAGUUCCACAAUAGAGGAUAAUGGUUUUUCUCUUUUCCCAGUUUGGAGACUGGAGAAAUGCAAUAUUGAAAGCCAUUGAGAGCCAAUGCCUUCCUAAGACAGAUGAAUGUGUCAGGCGAGCAGGCAAUCCUACUUGAAAAGCUGCCUUCCUUGUAGUUGGAAUGAAUAGGUUAAAGUCCGGUAAAUGAAAAAAGAGAGAGAGAGAGAGAGAGACAGUCGGUCCCCUGUUUCUGUCCUCAAACUGUGACAUUGGCUGACAUUGGGUUGGGGCCCUGGGGAUGUCAAUGUAGAAACCACACAAAGAGCCCCUCCCCAGUCAGCUUUCAGACACUGAAGAAAGGCAGGUAAGAGCUAGGUAAGAGGACAAAUAUUUCAGUUACUGAUAUUGCUCAAUCAAAUUACACCUGAGUCUAAAAUAGCAACUUCCCAGGGUGGGUCUUCCUCCCCUGAAUAAGUGAGAUCUGGUGUUCCGGAAACCUCACUUCAUCUGCACCCAGCAGAAUUUGUCCUCAGUGUAUCAGGAUGGGUGCACAGGGCCUGCCCACCACGGCUCCUGGGGAUUUGGGAAUAACCCACUUGGGCUUCAGUGUAACCACAGUGCUUUUUAAAAACUCUCAUGCUUGAAGGAAACAUGAGUUGGUGAGGACACAUUCCCAGGAAAACCUAUUCUAGAUGCUGAGGUGAUAGCUCUGGGGAUGGACAGUCACCAGUACUGACUGUUGACAUCUAGGAUCCAGGAAGUCUGGGUCUGACUAAUGGUAAACCCUUUCUGCUGUGAAUUAGUGGUCAGUCCCUCCCCAACUACAAGUACCUAGGACCUUCUGGGAUAGAAGGCCCUGUUGCUACAAAGCAUGAACCAGUAGAUGUUGGAUGGAGGGGCCUCUAACCUAAGAACUUUAAAUAGCUUUGAAAGUACAUCAAGUCCUCUUCCAGCAGAAUUAAAAUUAGAAAGUAUAUGUACAGCUGCCUUUGAAGAGAAGAAUGUUUGCAAAGUGGGCCUUCUAGGACUUGCGGACAGAUUAAUACAAUUCUGAGGUCCAGCUAGAACUCUUGUUACCUCGAGGCAAGGAUGGGCCCUGAGCGGCGCCACCUUCAAUGGUAGCAGCAUUUAUCUAACAUUGCCAUACGCUUCUCUUCCUCAGAACUUCCUAGCUUUAACUCGAUCCCCCAAAUCUAGCCCUGUCCGUUGUCCUGCCCCACACCCUACCACCUCUCCCCACAGGUGGCUUCUACCUCUUGUCUUGGUCAUAGAGGCUUCCCAAGUGUUCUCAUGAGGCUCGUUGAGCAUUUGCAGGUCUAGCAGACCUUUCCAGGUUUCUGGGUAACUUGUGCCUAGAAUUCCUUAGUCCUCCGUUAGCUUGGAUCACUGUCUGUGACAAGUAUUUCUCCAUUUGGUGUGUGUUCUAGAAGUAACAGCUGCUUCAUACAUAUAUUUUCUGAAAGUUCUUCCCACAUUUUAGAAAGCAGUUGAUCAGAAUCCUUAAACCCUAUUUUCUUUACGAUUCCUCUCCCGCUGAAAUGUCCUGGUGAGGUUAGCCACUGCUCUUGGAUUUCUCCUUAAAUCUGAAUGUUCCCCUUGUCACUGAGUGGAAAUACUACAGAUGUGUUAAAAAAGACUUGCCUGUACUGUAGAAGAAACUGCCCCCUUAGUGAUCCAGUAGAACUCACUGUGGAUAGAUGAUAGACUGUCGAUCAGAUUAAAGUACUGUGGCUUUAUACCACUUGUUUGAAGACUCGUGUACAGAUGAUUAAGUGAAGUUUUAAAGUGUAAUCAGUAUUUGAUCAAUCAUUGUCUUGAUAUUUUAUUAAAUUGUAUAUUUCUAAUCAUAUUUUUUAAAGCUAAGAGAACUGGUUGGAUGUUUAUUCUCCUGAAGGUUAUUUUUAAGAUAAAGCUUCACCAUAGCCUGUAAACUUGGCACAUACAUGUAGUUUUUGAUAUUCUUGUUGCAUUUGAAAAUCUUGUGUAUUGUAAAAUGGUUUUAUACAAAAUGCUAAAUAGUAGAAAUUGUAUAAUUUACAAUCAAAUAAUUAAAAACAUCAAACAG